CGGGGUGACAGGUUUCUUAACCUAAAAAAUCAACUUAAUGAUUAUAUCUCACUUAUAUCUUGCUUUGCGGGGCAGAGCGACAAUUUUUUCUGCGAGAUUCUUUCGUUUUGUGCAAAAAUGCGUCGAAUGAGCAUAUAUUCGUUGAUAUUGGAGUAGUCUAUGGAUUUUAUCCACCUAUCAAGUAAUUUAGUAAUGGAAUGUUGCUAUAAAGAUUGAAAUUGAAAGUACGAAAUUAAUCCAUUGAUCCUUAUGAUUGAUGUAAUGAUGUUUGGUAAUAAAAAGAAUAGUUUACCAAGACCUCAUUUGCCAAGCCAUGAUCAUGUAUUGGAAGAUCUUGGCAAUGCUACUGUGGACGAUGUAGCUUUUAAAAUCAUAGGUAAUUUAUCAAAAAAUUCUUAUGAUUUGACAAGCAUUAAUAAUUCAGAUGAGAUAUACAAAAAGGUAAAAACCUAUUUGAAUACCAAACAACGGUUACGACAAUUGGAACAUACUUUGAAAAACGAAACGCAUCAAGUAAAAGUAGAUAAUGAAGAGAUAAGAAAACUUGCCAAUGACAUUAAGAAGCAAGCCCAAGCUGCUUUGAUAACGUACUAACGAUACAAAGCUGAAGUACAACAUUGUAUAUUACAUUACUUUAUAACACUUUAAUAAUUUAAUAAUUUAUGUGUACCAUUUACAUGUAUGUUAUUGUAAAAUCUUGAUUAUUAGUAUUUUCAUUGAACUGUAAAACAUGUUAUCUUCCUCCAAGCUUUCUUGGCUUAUAUAAAUAUUCUAAAAGAUGCAAAUAAAACUUCAUAAUUGUAUGUAAUUGUAUGUAAUAUAAUUUUUAUGUAUUUGAAAUAAAGAAAUAAAUUUAGUUGUAUAAAAAUA